CGCGCCAAGGCCGAGGGAGUUACCACGAGAGCGCGUGACGGAGAGCGAAAGUCCUUGCCAGCUGGCAUCACUGUGUGUAAGUAACAAUUGCCUACUGCCUGCCUGGCCGACCUUAUCCUCUUUCCUUUUCCGCCUUUUUUUUUAAUUAUGAAUAUCUUUUUAAUUUGGAAUUUUCCCCCACAAAUUAAUAAAAAGAAACGAGAAAAAGGAUGUUAAAAGAAAAUUUGUACAGGUACAGAUAGAUAGAGAGAAAAGAAAGGAAAAGAUUAUGUAAAAUGCAGGGAGGAGCCCUUUGAAAGAUUGUAGAGAGGAGACUGGAGAGGACCAACCCAAACCCUAGAUUUCUUUCUUUCCUACCUUCCUUGCCAAAACAAAAUUCCUUCCCCAAAACCCCUCACACAGUCUUUCCUUCUCCUUCCCAAUUUCUUUGAUUCUUCGAAUCCCAUUACAAACAUUCACAAUCUCGAACGAACCCGAGGUUAGUUGUUUUUUUGUGUGUAAGAUGGUUCUUUCCAUCUCCAAUUUGUUUGCUUUUCCGUCGAUUUUAUCUCUUGUUUUCUCUCCCGAUUACUACUAUCCGUCUCUGCCUACUUAAAACCUUUGGAUUCGUCACUACCGAAGCUCCCAAUCUGUAUGCUAUCUAGUUUUGUCCUCGUCUCUGUUUUUUUUUUUUAACACAGUCUAAUCAUUCGUUUUUUUGCUAUAUUUGGAUCUCAUCCACCUUUCUACUAGUUUUACUGAUACCCUCUUUUCAUUGGGUUUUAGGGUUGUCUUCUCCGGGAUUGAUCCUUAUCUCCUUUCGAGGGGUGCCCAUUGCGCAGAUCCUGCUAAGUUUCCCAUCUUUGUGCUGAUAUCAAUCGUGGGCUGGGUUGGGGUUUUGUUGAAAUCUUGGGGGGGGGGGGGGGGGGGGGGGGGGGGUUGCAAUAUCUGUUCCCUGGUAGCUGUAAGUAGUUGAAAAAGGGUGUCAAGAUGAUGUCCAAAUCGUAUACCAAUCUCUUGGAUCUAGCUUCCGGCAACUUCCCCAUAAUGAGUCAACCACGGGAGAAGAAGAGGCUGCCUCGGGUUAUGACUGUUCCCGGGGUCAUCUCCGAGCUUGAUGAUGAUCAGGCUAACAGCGUCGCAUCGGACGUGCAGUCUUCGUUAAUCCAGGACCGGAUAAUAAUCGUGGCGAAUCAGCUGCCGGUGAAGGCCAAGCGGAGGCCGGAUAAUAAAGGUUGGAGUUUUAGCUGGGAUGAUGAUUCUUUAUUGUUACAGUGUAAAGAUGGUUUCCAUGAAGAUAUGGAAGUUAUAUAUGUUGGUUCUUUAAGGGUUGAAGUUGAUCCCAACGAGCAAGACGACGUGUCCCAGCUUUUAUUGGACAAGUUUAAUUGUGUUCCUGCGUUUCUGCCACCUGAUAUCUUGACCAAGUUCUAUCAUGGGUUCUGUAAGCAGCAUUUGUGGCCGCUUUUCCAUUACAUGCUUCCCUUCUCUGCCAGUCAUGGCGGGCGAUUCGAUAGAUCCUUGUGGGAGGCGUACGUUGCGGCGAAUAAAAUCUUUUCCCAGAGGGUAAUUGAGGUUAUAAAUCCGGAGGAUGAUUAUGUCUGGAUUCAUGACUACCAUUUGAUGGUGCUACCAACCUUCUUGAGGAGAAGGUUCAACAGAUUGAGAAUGGGUUUCUUUCUUCAUAGUCCAUUCCCAUCGUCGGAGAUAUACAGAACGUUGCCUGUGAGGGAAGAGAUUCUAAAGGCACUUCUGAAUUCUGACCUCAUUGGAUUUCAUACAUUUGAUUAUGCUCGUCAUUUUCUGUCUUGCUGUAGUCGCAUGUUGGGCUUGGAGUAUCAGUCCAAACGAGGUUAUAUCGGAUUGGAAUACUAUGGUAGGACAAUUGGAAUCAAGAUCAUGCCAGUUGGCAUCCACAUGGGACAGAUUGAGACAGUAUUGAUGCAUGCUGAUAAUGAGUGGAGAGUCAAAGAGCUGAAACAGCAGUUUGAAGGAAAGACUGUUUUACUCGGUGUUGAUGAUAUGGACAUCUUCAAAGGUCUCAACUUGAAGCUUCUGGCAAUGGAGGCGAUGCUGAAACAGCACCCAAAGUGGCAAGGAAGGGCAGUUCUGGUCCAGAUUGCUAAUCCUGCCAGGGGAAGAGGGAAAGACCUCGAAGAAGUGCAGGCGGAGAUUGAAGAAAGCUGCAAGAGGAUUAAUGAGACUUUCGGCAGACCAGGCUAUGAACCGGUUGUGUUCAUCGAUAGACCGGUAUCCCUUAGUGAAAGGACAGCAUACUACAAUGUUGCUGAGUGUGUGGUGGUGGCAGCUGUCAGAGAUGGGAUGAAUCUUACUCCUUAUGAGUAUAUUGUGUGUAGGCAGGGCGUCUCUGAUUCAAGUUCUAGUUCAGACUCCAGUGUCCCCAAGAAGAGCAUGCUAGUUGUUUCGGAGUUCAUUGGGUGUUCCCCUUCACUUAGUGGUGCUAUUCGGGUCAAUCCAUGGAACAUUGAAUCGACAGCCGAGGCUAUGAAUGAGGCUAUUUCUAUGUCUGACAAUGAAAAGCAGUUGCGGCACGAGAAGCACUAUAGAUAUGUCAGUUCGCAUGAUGUGGCAUACUGGUCGAGAAGCUUUUUCCAAGAUCUGGAGAGGGCAUGCAAAGACCACUUCAGAAGGCGUUGUUGGGGCAUUGGGUUGAGCUUUGGCUUCAGAGUUGUCGCGCUGGAUCCUAAUUUCCGAAAGCUGUCAAUUGAUGCAAUUGUAAGUGCAUAUUUGAGGUCCAAAAAGAGGGCCAUCUUGCUUGAUUAUGAUGGAACAGUAAUGCCUCAAACAUCUAUCAAUAAGUCGCCCAGUCAAGAAGUUCUUUCAAUUAUCAAUACCCUCAGCAGUGAUGCAAAGAACACAGUUUUUCUUGUUAGCGGAAGAGGGAGGGAUAGUUUAGGCCAGUGGUUCUCUCCUUGCAAGAAACUUGGAAUUGCUGCCGAACAUGGUUACUACUUGAGGUGGUCUGCUGAUAAGGACUGGGAAAUCUGUGGGCAAAACUGUGAUUUUGGAUGGUUUCAGAUAGCUGAGCCCGUAAUGAAGUUGUAUACAGAAUCAACAGAUGGUUCUUACAUUGAGACUAAGGAGAGUGCCUUGGUCUGGCACCAUAGAGAUGCCGAUCCAGGUUUUGGUGCAAGCCAGGCUAAGGAGAUGUUGGACCAUCUUGAAAGUGUGCUUGCAAAUGAACCCGUAACUGUUAAAAGUGGCCAAUAUAUUGUGGAAGUAAAGCCUCAGGGGGUUAGCAAAGGUGUAGUAGCAGAGAAGAUAUUUACAUCAAUGGCCGAGAAGGGAAGACUGGCCGAUUUUGUGUUGUGCAUUGGUGACGACAGGUCUGAUGAAGACAUGUUUGAGAGGAUCGAUAAUGCCUCGACAAGCGGAGUACUCUCAUCGAGCACUUAUGUAUUUGCAUGCACAGUGGGCCAGAAACCAAGCAAAGCCAAGUAUUAUUUGGAUGACACAAGUGAUGUUUUGCACAUGCUCAGAGCUCUUGCUGAAGAUUCAGACCCUUUAUAUGAUGAAGAAGAAGAUGAAGAUAGCAGCAAAUCACCCUAACGUCCUAUCCAUUUCUUCCUCGGCUUUUUCCUGUGGGUCAUUUGUUGGUCGAAUUCAUCAAGAAUACACCAUAGCAAAGGCCUGGGCUCCAGUUAGUUGAACAAAGAGACAUGGUUUGUUAGUGGCCCCAUUGCCAUGGUUGAGGCACGGGACGGGGCCCAGUGAAAGCCUGUUGACUUGGCAAAGGAAGGGGGAAAGAUGGCUGUUAAGAAUGAAACAGUGAAGUGGUUGAUCUGGAAACGAAUGUUUGGUUUUGUUAAGCUGGUGUUGGUUGGAUGGAUGCAUUGGGGAAGAGGGAUGGGAUCUCAUCUUAUUAACAGAAAAUUGAAAGGUUAUUGCUUUGACGGAAGAGGAUGGAUGGAUGGAUGGCAGGAAGUAGAGCAUUACAGACUUACAGUACUGUGGCAGUGAGUAUGAUACGACGGAAAAGAAAGGUGGGUCUGUGCUGUAGUUUGAAUGUUCCCACCAUUGUUAACGGAGACAGCAAUGGUGGUGUUCUUAAAUACUUUUCCUUUUCGCUCAGUCUACGGAAAGAGCAGCCGAGUGAGUGAUUUAUUUCUAUUCCCCGCGUUUACCGUCAACUAUUGUUUUGGUAAAAUUCAAUUGCCCCGUCAAAUGUGUAAAUGUUAUAGUGAAAACUGGCAAUGAGUUUAUUGUAUUCUCUGCGUAAAGGUUGAUUCUUUGGGAUGAUCGGCUAGUAACGUUCGAGUUCAACAGGUUGCAGUGUGACUCCAAUUCCCAACUCCAAUUGGUUUUAUCAGAAAUGUGAAAAUUGAGGUUUGUUUUAUCUUGCAUAUUCUAAUAAGAGUUGUGGGCAAAUCUUAAGUGCUUGAAUUUGGUAGACAAAAAUCUGCCUAUCCUAAUUGAAUAGGGUAUCAAAGUCAAACUGGUGCUUGUUGCAUCAGGAGGCAUUAUGGUGUGUGCUAAAGCAUGGGUGAUAUAACUGAAGCUUCAUAGCUGAUUCUUUUUCACUUCACAAGUCCAAGAAUUCAGUUGCUAUACCCGUCUUUCCAAACCCUAUCCGUAGUCGAAGCAGAUCACAUCAGUAGUUUUUCCCCUGCUAUUGCUGAUGUUGAGUUUCAAUUGACUCGAUCGAAUGGAUUAGGGGGAGUCGCUAGUUUCGUCAUUGCAUGGACUAAGGAGAUCUAAACCUUCGAGCUCAUAUAUGAUAAAUUCCAUCCAUUUUUUGGACUAACAUAUAAUAAACCUAUCAACCGAGUACCUCUGAUGGUGCUUUUCUUACGGAAGAGGUUUUUAAAAUUCCUUUCUAAUUCACACGAGAUUCCACAAGCCCUAUACUACUCGAUUCAGAGUAUAAGCUAAUGAUGCUUUUGGCUACUGCGCGACAUCUAGGGUGCAACCAAGUUUAAAUACAUAUCUCAUGGCACCAUUGGUUUGCUCUUGUAGUAGGGUUAAUAUAUUUGUAUGGCCUGAAAACCAAAAUAAACAUCCUGACCAAUUUUUUCGAUCUAUAGCAUUCUGGCCAAACUAUACAUCAAAAUAACUAAAUUGGCCAAACCCGACGUUUGACCGUUAACUUGGACGGUCAAACGUGUUGACUAACGUUCAACGCGCCACAUCAUUGCCCAGUCAACACUGAACACUUUAAAAAAUUGAUUUUUUCUAC